CCCCUGUGGAAACGCCAGAACGCUCCUCCAUCCCAAGGCUUGAAGCCGAAGCCGAAGCCGAAGCCACCGGUGCUGCGUCCCGUAGACCUCCCUGAGGUUUCGUGCGGCGUCGGUCGUUCGCCUGCAAGCAAGCAAGCAAGCAAUGGGGUGUAAGGCGUGCGAGAAGCCCAGGCCGAGCUACCGGAAGGGGCUGUGGUCGCCGGAGGAGGACCAGAAGCUCCGCGAUUACAUUCUCCGGCACGGCCACGGCUGCUGGAGCGCGCUUCCCGCUAAAGCCGGGCUCCAGCGGAACGGCAAGAGCUGCAGGCUGCGGUGGAUCAACUACCUGCGGCCGGGGCUGAAGCACGGCAUGUUCUCGCCGGAGGAGGAGGAGACGGUGAUGAGCCUCCACGCCGCCCUCGGCAACAAGUGGUCGAGGAUCGCACGGCAUUUGCCGGGGAGGACCGACAACGAGGUCAAGAACUACUGGAACUCCUACCUCAAGAAGAGGGUCGAGGGCGGCAAGGGAGCGCCCAACUCGCCCACGCCGGCGGCGGCGAGCUCCGCCGCGGACUCAGACGGGUCUCAGAGCCCGAGCCCAGGGGAGGUUAUUAGUACGGUGCAGGAACGGGCCAGCCGGCCAUCGAACUCCGCCGGCUCAUCGGAGCCGCCGCACGAGUCGUCGUCGGCCGACUCGAGCUGCCUGACCGUGACCGAGCCUCCUGCCUGCAGGGCCUACGCGCCCGUGGCUCCCAAGGUGAUGUUCGCAGAUUGGCUCAACAUGGACUACAUCGGUGGCCAGAUGGGGGCGGCGGCGGCGGCGGCACCUGGUCCGGAAGCUGCGGGGGUGGUUGGUGCGGGUGCGGGUGUGGGUGCAGGAGGCGGCGGCGAUCAUUGUCAGGUGAUGAGCCAGGGGUCAUCGGCGCAGGUCGAUGGGCCACCCGGCGUGGAGGAUUCCCUGCACGGCGGCUUCGGCGACAACGGCACCUGCUGGGAGUUCCUGGAGCAGUUCGACAGCAUGGAUCAGAUGCAGGUGGGCGGCGGCGGCGGCUUCUGCGACCUGCUCUCCAUGACCGAGUUCUUCGCACUCAACUAGGGCGUGCAUCGCCAAGGGAGAAGGAGGAGGAAUAUAGAGUUUCUUGGAUUUGUUAGACGUUUCGUCAGGUUAUUAAGAGGCGCGUUUGUAAUGCUGCUGCAGUGUAAAUUAUGGCCGUCUAUGUAUGCGUAGAGCAAUUUGACAGCGUAUAUAUAUACAUACAUAUUUAUAUAUAUGCAGGUGCAUGUGCAGUGCAACGCUGUCCGCCUAGCUUGGCUCGGAGAGUAGAGCACCGACAGUAAGAUGGAAAGGGUUCAAGAAGAAUGCACAUGUUGUUGCUCAUUUGAUAUACUA